AUGGGGAAGAAUGUGUUGGAGAAUAACAGAGUGGGAAACUUCAUCCUGGGAAGAGCUGCAUUUAAGACUGAAUCUCCUCCAGUUUCAGUUCAUCAUCACAGUGAGAGAGUCAGAGGACAGGUGGAGGGAAGACCCAUCACAGUCGUCAACACUCCUGACCUGUUUAAACUGUCAGAAGAUCAGCUCUCAGUGGCAGUGGAAGAGUGUGUGUUCCUAUUGGAUCCAGGACCUCAUGUGUUUAUACUGGUGUUGAAGCCUGGUAGUUUCAAAGAACAGGAUGGAGACAAAAUGAGAGCCAUUCUGAACCUUUUCAGUGGUCACACAAUGAACUAUGCUAUGGUGGUAACCACAAGCAAAACAAUUAAGCUUGAUAGUGAUCCUUCAUAUCAGAUCAUUAAGGAAUGUGGGAUGAGAAAACACAAAUUAGAGUCACUUGGAUUUAUUAAUGUACGCUCCCAACUCUUGGAGAAGAUAACAAAGAUAGUGGGAGAGAAUGGAGGGUGUCUUACCUGUGUGAGAUCUGAGAAGUCACUGAGAGGCACAAUCCUGCAUGAUGACAAAACCACAGCAGAACGACAAAGGGGAACUGUUCUGGAGAAGGCAACAGAUGAUGCAGGAGGAGACAGAGACAAAAAGAUGAACAAGAGUGGAAGGAUGGAUGAGGAAGAAGAAAAAGAGUCUGAGCUGAGGAUUAUUUUAUUGGGGAAGAAUGGACAAGAGAAAGAAAGAGUGGGAAAUGUCAUUUUUAAAAGUGAAGCUUUUCAGUCAACAUUUACAGUGGGCCGUACUGUGAGAAUUGGAGGACAGAGAGAAGGAAGAAAGAUUGUCAUCAUCAACACUCCUGACCUGUUUCAUCCUCAACUCUCAGAUCAUCAGCUCUCAGUGGCAGUAAAAGAGUGUGUGUCCCUGUCUGCUCCAGGACCUCAUGUGUUUAUACUGGUGCUGCAGCGUGGAGACUUUUCUCAGGGAAACAGAGACAGACUGGAGAAAAUUCUUAUGUCUUUCUCUGAAGAUGCUUUUAAACAUAGCAUGGUGAUUACUAUAGAGUUAGGCAGCAGUGUAGAUCCACUCACUCCGUGCACCACAGAGACUGAUCAUGUGCAGCAGAUGAUUUUAACAUGUGGUAACAGGCACUACAGCCUUGAGAGAGAGAGUGAAUCUGAUUGUUUAAUGGAGGUGAUAGAUCAGAUAGUCAAAGGGAAUGGAGGAGAGUGUCUCACUUGUGAUGACUAUGAAGACACACAACAGACCACAGAGGAGGAAACACUGAGACUGGAGUCUAAACCAUACAGACAAUCUAACACAAAAAUACUAGUUAAAAAAAGUGUUUCAGAACAUGUCCCUCCAAGACUGAACCUGGUGUUAUGUGGGUGUGUUGGAUCAGUGAAGAUCUCCAUAUCAGAGUUCAUACUGGGCCAGAGAGAGUCCAGUCCAGAGUCCAGCUCAGUGUGUGUGAGGAGGGAGGGAGAAGCAUGUGGACGUCUGCUCACCCUGGUGGAAAUGCCAGCUCUGUACAACACUCAGCUCUCAGAGGAGGAAGUGAUGCGUGAGACUCUCCGCUGUGUCUCUCUCUGUGAUCCUGGAGUCCAUGCUUUCCUCCUGGUCAUUCCUGUUGGUCCUCUCACUGAUGAUGACAAAGGAGAAAUGGAGAAGAUUCAGACAAUAUUCAGCUCAAUAGUCAAUGAUUACACCAUGGUCCUUUUUACUGCAGAACACAUUAACAGUGCUGUAAUUAAUUUUGUAGAACAGGAGACUGAUACUCAGGCACUCAUUCAAAGCUAUGGGGGCAGAUACAAAAUCUUUGACCUAGUGAAAAAUGCUAAUCCGCAUCAGGUCUCAGAGCUGGUGGCCAUGGUGGAGAAUAUGAUGACCAAUGACAAGCCGUACUCCCUUAACAUGUAUGUGGAAGCACAAAGAGAAAAGGCCAGACAUGAACUGGAGAUGAGUUACAGAGAGGAGAGAGACAGAAUGAAAAGGAAAAUCCAGGAAUUAGAAGGGAAAAAUCAAACAUCAGGGGAAAAUGACAGCUCCAGUUGUCUGAGAAUAGUGCUGAUUGGGAAGACAGGAAAUGGAAAGAGUGCAACAGGAAACACCAUCCUGGGGAGGAAUGAAUUUGAAUCUCAAGUUGCGAUGAACUCAGUGACCACCAUGUGUAAAAAAGGAGUUGGUGAGGUUUUUGAGAGAUCAGUAGCUGUUGUUGACACUCCAGGUCUGUUUGACACCACACUGUCUAAUGAGGAGGUAAAGGAAGAGAUUGUGAAAUGCAUUUCUCUGUCAGCACCAGGACCCCAUGCAUUCAUCAUUGUGCUAAGUAUUGGCAGAAUUACAAAGGAAGAGUUGGAGACUCUGGAUCUGAUAAAAAAGAUCUUUGGUCCCAAGGCUGCAAUGUUCAGCAUAGUCCUGUUUACCAGAGGAGAUGAUCUGGAGGAUGAGUCUAUUCAGGAAUACAUAACUAGAAAUAAUCAGGCCCAAAUUAAUAAACUAAUCAGAGACUGUGGAGGAAGAUUUCAUGUCUUUAAUAACAAAGAAAAGAAAGAUAGAACACAGGUGUCUCAGCUUUUAGAGAAAAUUGAAGAAAUGAUUCAGUUUGACAGGAACAAUUACUUUACAAACGACAUGUUCGAGGAGGCAGAGAUGGCCAUCAGACAGAAACAGGAAGAAAUACUGAAGGAGAGAGAGAAAGAGAUAGAGGCUGAAAAGGAAAAGCUGAAAGCCAACUAUGAAAAGGAGAUGGAACAGAUUAAGAAGAGACUAGAAGAGGAAAGCCAGAAAGCAGAAGAGCAACGAAUACUGAGAGAGAACAUGUUAAAAGAAAAGGAAGAGACCAUUAGAAGAGAGUAUGAAGAGAGGGAGAGAGCAGAGAAGAGGAAGAGAGAGGAGGAAGAUCUUAGAAGAAAAGAGGAGGAAAAUAAACAAAAGGAGCAGUGGAAGAGAACUUUUGAGGAGAUGGAGGCAGAGUUUCAAAACCAGAGAGAAAAUUUUGAAAAACAACUAAAAAACAAAGAAGAAGAGGAAAAAAAGAGAGAGAAAAAGGCCAGAGAAGAGUUUGAAAAAGAACAAAAACGAGUAAUGGAUGAAUUGAAAAGAAAACAAGAAGAAGAAAUGGUGAAGAGAGAUGAGGAGGAACAGAGGAGAAAA